AUGUUGUUGUUUUUAUCGCUAUUGUUGUUUGGUUUGAGUUGCUAGGAAAGGAGGCAUGUGAGCUGAAAGUUGUUUACAAAUCAAUUUAUCCGGUCAACGGCAGGAUUUCUUGAGUUUUCUACUGCAUCAUCAUUUGUAGUACUAUGGCUAAAGGUGAUUGUGAUUGGGUGUCCUAUUUGUCAUCAGCUCAAAGAUCUGCAUUGGUUGAAAAUGGUGUCAGAAAAAUUCAUUACAAGUUACCCGAUGGCAAAGAAAUGGUAGAAGAAUACAACAUAUCGACAGAUGUGAUUCAACGAAGAAUGUGGAAAGCAUUUGACCCCUUUCGUGGUGAAAAAUGGAAUGUAGAACUAGGGGAUCCACUCGCUCAACUUGAUAAUGUUGAUUCAAUUGGUAUCAAAGAAAAUUCAACAGCUCCUACCUUGACCAAAAGGAUUACCAAGAAGUCUAUAGAAUGGAGAAUACGUAAUUUACCAUAUCCUCGGGAUGUGUACUCUGUUGAAGCUGAUGAUGAAGGAAUUACUGUGCGAACAUCCAAUAAGAAAUAUUUCAAGAAAAUAAAUGUGCCAGAAUUAGAGAGAGCAGGACUGAAAACUGACAAUUCUCUCCUUUCAUUCACUCAUCAGUUUAAUACGUUGAUUAUUACUUAUAAGAAGCCCACCAAAGUUACAGAGAUGGAAACUAAAAUACUGGAAAUGGCAAAGUUAGUGUCACCAACUAAAGUUCCUGACUUGAAAGAUGCACCAAGUGAGUGUAGACCCAGUUGAAACCCUCUCUUAAAAACAUUCUAUGCUGUGUUAUUCCAUUGAUCUUGUCUCUCUGCUUAUUUAUGUGUAUGCUGUGGCUCGAUAUCUAUAAGAAUUAAAGAAACAUCAAAAAGAAAAAGAA